UCUGUAGCCUCCAGUUCUGAUGAGCAUCUGCCACCAACUGCUCUGCACUUUCUUCAUCACUCUCUUCUGGCCCUUUAACUAGUUUGAGCAGUUCAGACUCUCUUAUUCAAACACACACUCAGUCAUAUACUCUCAUUUGGUAAACCUCCGUCUCCUGCUUCUACAGCUCUGGUACUGUACUUCUGUCACAGCAUGCAGCUCCUGGUGGUGUUAGCAGCUCUCAUGGGGGUUCUUUUCAGCGUGAGAGCAGCUGCCGUGUUUCCUGUGGACGAUAGGAGCUCCAUCCACGUGAACAGGGAGCUGAGCAAAGAGCGCAAGGAACUGAUCCUAAAGCUGGUGUCGGGCUUGUUGGAUGGAGCUCCUGACACCAACAUGUUGCCGGGGGAGGCGGCACCUGUGGAUCUCGAGGAGCCGCUGGAGUCUCGUCUGGAGGAGAGAGCUGUCUACAACAGGCUAUCACUGCCUCAGCGUGACCGCAAAGCCCCCUGUAAAAACUUCUUCUGGAAAACUUUCACCUCCUGCUAACAGUGCCCGAAACCACCCGCCUCUGCCCACCUCCCGUACACUUUCCCCCCCAGCUCUACAUGAACUGUAGUAGACCUCAGCUGUACAUAUCAUCUACACCUGUGCAGCAUUGAUGGACUUCACUGAGUCAGUGUCUGUUUGAAUAUUAACUAUUUAUGUACACAAUGUAUGUAUUUAUGUAUCAGUAACAUUUACUUUCAGGGUCAACAAUAAAGCAUGGAUAUAAUAUUUGAGAUGGUAAAAUGCUUUUGCAAAUUGUUCACAAAAGAUAGGAUCAUAUUAUCCACCUGCUUCUACAAUACAAAUACAAACUCAAAUUUAAUGCAAAACUAUGGCUGUAUGUUUAUUUUUGGUUUGACUUAAGAUUAUUGCAUUAAAACUGUAAACUUAUUUUAGGAUUCUGCUGUGCAAAAAAAAUAUAUUAUAUUUCUAUCUAUGAAAAACUGAGUUUGGGUCGUAAAUGGAAAACAGAAAAAAACCCACAAUUUUUCAUCCUCUCUAUUGAAAGCUCUUCAGCCAAAUUCCUUCUAGCGUUUCUUGUUUAUUGACAAAAACAAAAUUAAUACUUUAGGGAGGGGGAAUUUUGCCCACUGCAAAUGAAAACCUUUAAUAUGAAGAAACAAGAGCUACAAUUACAAUCUUAAGACAAUAGCUGAUUUCUGGUGUAUUUAUCAAGUCAUAAUAGCUCUGUAAAAUUCUUUUAAUAUAAAUAUAUAAAUGGAGACAAUUCACCUUGAUGGGUGUGAGCAAAGUGAAA